AUGGGCCGUUGGUCACGACGCUUCGCUGUUCGAGCGAGUGGCACAGCAGUGACGCUUGUUGGAGGUUGGGCGUUAUACCACCGCUGGGAGUUGCGGCGCACCGCCGUCGUUUCGCUGCCUGAGGAGUUGGCAACGCCGCCGCCCCUGUCCCGCACCGCGAAGCUGCAUCAGCUUGAGUCUGGUAGGAGUGGCGUGAGUCAGCCGUUCGAUGUGCUUAUUAUUGGCGGGGGCGCGGUGGGUUUGUACACAGCCGUGGACGCCGCACAACGCGGACUUCGUGUCGCUGUGGUGGAUGCGGAUGACUUUGGUGCAGGUUACACAGGCACCUCUCCUCCACUCGUGCCAGGGGCCUUCCCGUACGUUCAGCGAAUGCUGCGACAGCGGGAUGCGAUGUGGCUGCGUCGUGCAGUCGAGGCGUGGCGUGCACUUAAGGUGUGGUCAAAUGUGGCACCUGGCAUCCUUGAGGAUAAUGUACUCACGUUGGUCCCUUCGUUUCAUGUGUUGGAGCUGGUGGAGUUUGUCACUGCUGCUGCACUGGCGACGCUGCUGAGUCCGUUCUGCGGCCCGUGGCGACCGUUUGGGUUCGUGCGGGGCACUGUGCUGCAGGCGCAGCUCGGCAAGGCGGAGGACGAUGUGAGGGGCGCCAUUGUGUCACGGGACGCCAUGUUAGACGGCACGGCCACGUGCGUUGCGCUCGCCCGCACCGCCGAGGCUCUAGGCGCGGUUGUGCUUAACUACGCCGCUGUGACGAAUAUCGCGGAUGUGGCGCCAACGUCUCCCUCGCCGGGAAGUGCAAAUUUUGCAGUUUCUGUCAGUGAUGUGAGUGCGCCGAGUGGUGCAGGCGCAGCCAAGCCGCACGUGGUGACGGUGUACGCGCGCAGCAUCGUCUGCUGCGCGGGGUCGUGGGCCGAUGAGGUAAAGCAGUUGGUGCCGAACAACGCUUUGGACACAGUCCCACUCGCCUACGAGCGCCACCAAGUGAACUCGUAUCUUGUGGCGCCACGCAACGCGCUGCACGUCGCUGCAGAUGCUGCUCUCAGCUGGUCGACGCUAGGUGCGGCGGCGCUGUUGACAUCGUCGACGUCGUACAGCUUCUCCUCCGUGAUGGUUCUACCGUGGUUCGAUCAGUGCGUGUUGAUCGGUCCGAGCGUUGCACCACUCCCACGACUUCACAGCAGGGCGGAAGCGACAGCACCAACAGCAGUAGGGUCGUGGGUGGAUGUCGACGGUGGUGGCGACGUGCACGAAGGCCAGCGGCGGCACAUCUGCAAUGCCCUACAGGCCUCCGGUGUGACGGUUGAAGAGGGUCGUGUCUUGUCGUGCGUCUCCACAGUGGUGCCAAUUCUUCGCGCGCCGUCGGAGGUGCCGUGGGUGGCGGACGUUCUCAUGGAGGGCUGCCACAUCAGUGCGGGGGCACAGCAGCCGCAUGUGGUGCAUGUCUACGGUGGCAUACUGGGUUUCGCCAGGGACACCGCCGAGAAGGUUGUAGAUGAGCUCUUGCGCAGCAGCGGGACGUUUACGCAAGCGGAGGCAGAAGCGCUGCAUCCAUGCCGCACGCGACGCCUCGCCCUUCUUGGGGCGGAGCGAAAAGACAACGUUUGUGACAGCGUCUCCCCCAAAGUGCGCGUUCAGCAGCUCGUGCGUGAGGCGUACGCGGUGCGUGUGGUGGAUGUUGUGGCGCGACGAACACAUGUUGCGUACAGCAGUCCGGCUGAAGCUCUUGCGGCCCUUCCCGCCAUUGCAGCGGUGAUGGGUGACGAGUUGGGUUGGACUGCCGCGCGAAGCCGGGCGGAGCUGAGCUUGGCGCAGGCUUUCAUCCGCAGCGUCACUGUAUCGUGA